AUGUCUUCUCACCCAAUCACCAAAUACACCUCUGAGUCGUCCUGGGCUCUGAUUGAGAACAAGUUCUCCCCACACGCGAAGGAAACUCUCGCAAAGCUUGUCACGUUCCUCGAGGAGGAAGUCUGGCCGGCCAGCGAACUCGCUCACCUCCAGUUGCCUGAGGACAGCACUCGAUGGCAGACAAUCAUCCCGGUGGUUGAGGAGCUCAAGGAGAAGGCCAAGAAGCUCGGCUUGUGGAACAUGUUCCUCAGCAAGCGCCACUACCCCAACCACGGAACCGACUACACGAAUCUCGAGUACGCUGUUAUGGCUGAACUUCUCGGCCGUGGAGGGCACAUGGCCUCUGAGGUCACUAACUGUGCUGCUCCGGAUACCGGCAACAUGGAGGUGUUGGCGAAAUACGGAAACCCCGAACAACAGAAGAAAUGGCUCGAACCUCUUCUCCGAGGUGAAAUCCGUUCGGCCUUUGCCAUGACAGAGAGAUUCAUCGCCUCUUCCGACGCCACCAACAUCCGCACUUCGCUCAGACGUGAAGGUGACGAAAUUGUCAUUAACGGGCACAAGUGGUGGAUUAGUGGAGCUGGUGAUCCCCGCUGCAAGGUCCACGUCCUCAUGGGAAAGAGCGACGCUUCCAACCCCAACACCCAUGAACAACAGAGUGUCGUCCUCGUUCCUGCUGACGCGCCUGGUGUCAAGGUCAUCCGCCCAAUGAAGGUGUUCGGAUACGACGAUGCCCCCGAGGGCCAUUGUGAAAUCAUCUACGACAACGUUCGCGUUCCGGUAAGUAACUUGGUACUCGGAUGGGGCAAGGGCUUCGAGAUCAUCCAAGGUCGUCUUGGCCCUGGUCGUAUUCAUCACUGCAUGCGUUCCAUCGGGGCUGCUUCUGCUGCUUUAGACUUGAUGUUGCAGCGAGUUACGGACCCCGCGAAGAAGACUUUCGGCAAGUACCUCCACGAACACGGCUCCGUCAUUGCUGAUAUCGCUCGUUCGCGGGCCGAGAUUGAGAGCGCUCGUCUUCUCGUCCUCAGCGCCGCUCUGCAGAUUGAUAAUUUCACUGCUAAGGGCGCUUUGAAGGAAAUCGGUAUUGCUAAGUUCGUCGUCCCCACAAUGGCCCUUGGUGUCAUCGACCGUGCGAUCCAAGCCUUCGGUGCUGAGGGUGUCUGUCAAGACCAGCCCCUAGCCAAAUCAUGGGCUGGGCUCCGUACGCUACGGAUUGCUGACGGCCCCGACGCUGUCCAUCUCCAACAAGUUGGCCAGCGUGAGCUCAGGCGUGCGGCCGAGGUUGUUGAGCGGGCGACGGCUAUCAAGAGGAAGGAGAAGGCGAUCUUGGAGAAGGCUGGCUUGAAACCCAAGUCCCAAGCACACCUUUAA